AUGUCAGAAUCCUCAGCCUCGCCACACAACGAGGAGUGUAAUGGUUUUGGAGUGGUGGUGAGGGAAGGUGAUGACAAGUGGCCACUCUCAGAUGAUGGCGAAAGGGCAAACAUUUUAGAAAGAAUCCAUUCAUCGUUCAAAAUCCUUGUGAAGAACCAUAAUCUUUCAGUGGGCAAUCUAAACAGGGUGAUUCGAUUUGCUGUAGAGGAACUCAGGGGGUUGCCAUCUGGGUCACUACUGUUUAAUCACUCUUUGGACAAGUCGCCACUUUGCAUUCGCUUCUUGGAGGCAUCAUCACUGCGGAAAGUAGCUAAAUUCUUGCAGGACUUAAUGCAGGCCUCUGGACUUAAUAGGAACCUAGAGAAGGCUGAAGGACUAGGUGACGAGGAUAGUUUCCCAAAAAACCACAAUGUACUGGAGAAGGUUACCCUUAAUUCUGAUUCAUCAGAACUGAUCAUUGAUGGGCAGACCUUUGGUGGAAAGUUUGACUCCGAGAGUGUUGAUACUGAUGCAUUGCUUUCAUGGUUGUACGCUGGAUCUUCAAUUAGUGAGCAGCUAUUGGCUUGGAAUCGUAUGAUUGACGAAAGGUCAAAUCAGUGCGUCGACCUUAUUUGGGCACUUGGGAGGGAGUUCAACAGCUUGCAAAACUCAUGUGAACGGAAGCUUGAACAGCUGAGAAAUGAGGAGGCCUUUAUUUCUGUAGAGGGCCUCUUUUGUGAAGAGCAAACACGAAGGGAGCAGGUGGGGCGGUAUGGAUUCCAAACUUUCGAGGAGCUCCUCAGGAAGCGGCAGGAGUUAUUGGAACGCAAUACUGAGGAGCAGUCCGACAGUAACAGAUCUGAGAUAGAUGCAAUCUCAGCUAUUUUGAAGGAACUUCACACAUCACACUUUGGUUAUGAUGAAGCCCUUUCUGGCAUGGCUCCACGCCUUUAUGACUUUGAUGGGGCCGAAGAAGAUGAAUGGAGGCUGCAUGAUUUUAUACAUCCAAACGAUUCAAUGGUACACAUGGUUGUAUCAAAGAUGAAGGAACAAGUUUCUAUGGAGAUUAGCAAGGUAGAUGCUAAGAUUAUGCGAAAUUUCUCUGUGAUCCGGCAACUAGAGCACAAGCUUGGACCUGUUUCUGCUCUUGAUUAUCGAAUGAUUCUUUUGCCCCUUAUGAGAUCAUUCUUGCAAAGCCAUUUGGAAGAGCUGGUGGAUAAGGAUGCGAGAGAGAGAUCUGAUGCUGCAAGGGAAGCCUUCCUGGCCGAACUUGCCUUGGAUGCUAAGAAGAAUGCAAACAAAGGGGGUGAUAUGAAACAAUCCCAUGAAAAAUCAAAGGAUAAGAAGAAGUUUAAGGAUUCUCGAAGAUCAAAGGAGCUCAAGGAUUCAAGCUGGAGUGACCAGUCUCUCAGUCGCCAAGACAGUGCUGACGAGGAAACAGCAGAGACAUUUCAAAUGCUUGCUGAUUGUGAUGAUUUGGAUUGCAAACUCUCGACAAGUGAUGAUUACUUGAAUGAACAAGAGGAAGAACUAAGGCAUAGGGUACAACUUGAAGCAGAGGAAAGAAAGCUGGAAGAGACUCUGGAAUAUCAACGGCGGAUAGAGGAGGAAGCAAAGCAGAAACAUCUUGCAGAACAAUGUAGAAGUACAUAUGCAUCUUCUGUAAUUGGUACAGCUUGUCUUUCAAGCACUGGGAAUCAGGAUAACCAUGAAAGUGCACUCAAUAACUCUUCGCGUACUUAUCUCGAAGGCAUAAAGUUUGGUGACUUUCGCUACACCGAGAACAAUUUCAGUCAGAAACUUAACGGAUUGGAUUCAUCUGAUGCUCAGGCAUUAACCAGCAGUGAUAUGAGUGUUUCUAAGUUGACAUUGAAAAUGAACGGGGUUUGGAAAAAUGCACAACCUAUAAAGCCUCUCAGUAAUCAUGGCACCCAAAAUUCUAAGAGAAGCUCUAGCGAACCACAAAAGAAGUACUUCCAAGGUGUGCCAGGUGCUAUUUAUGAUGACGACGACAAUGAUAGGGCAUCUGGGCCACAAAUUGGUUCGAAAGCUUCUAGAUGGAGCAGCUCUUGUAAAAUAGCUCCCUAUGCAAACCACAGCUAUCAAGCUGGAAAACAGAAUCACUCUGCAGGAACAGAGAAGCCAAAUUUUGAGAAAGUUGACAGUGGUGCAAUACCAUCAGCGGAUGUGUGCAUCGAGGAUGAUUUUGAUAAAAGGUUUCAAGAUGAUCUUGAUGAAGCAAUGCGCCAAAGCCUUGGAUACGAUGCUUAUCCUGUUGGUACGAUAAGCACUUCAAAUGGGACAGAAGUGUAUGGGACUGGCCUUAAAAAUGCUGCUGGUGAAUACAAUUGUUUCUUGAAUGUGAUUAUUCAGAUCCUUGUGCUGUCUGGCGCUUUAUAUGGUAUCUUCAUUGACCUGAGCAAAGCAGCCAAGGGACAAGGAGAAGCUGUUGCGCCUACUUCAUUGAGGAUCGCUUUGAGCAAAUCCUACCCGAACAGCAAAUUCUUUCAGGAGGGACAGAUGAAUGAUGCAUCUGAGGUACUGGGUGUAAUCUUUGAGUGUUUGCAUAAGUCGUACACUUCUCGUACUGUCUACCAUGGUAAAUCUCAUGAGAAGAAUUCUAUUGGAUCAUGGGAUUGUGCAAAUAUUUCUUGCAUAGCACAUAGUCUUUUUGGGAUGGACGUAUAUGAACGGAUGAACUGUCACAAUUGUAAGAUGGAGUCUAGGCGGCUCAAGUAUACUUCAUUUUUCCACAAUAUCAAUGCUAGUUCACUCCGAACUGCGAAGAUGAUGUGUCCAGAUUCUUCAUUUGAUGAACUUUUGAAGGUUGUCAUAAUGAAUGAUCAACUAGCUUGUGAUCAAGACGUUGGCGGCUGUGGAAAACCGAAUCAUAUACACCACAUCCUUUCUACAUUCCCACAUGUCUUUACAGUCGUUUUGGGAUGGCAGAACAACAAAGAGAGUGUGGAUGACAUAUCUGCAACUUUGGCUGGUAUUUCAACUGAGAUAGACAUUAGCAUAUUCUACCGUGGUCUAGAUCAAGGAAGCAAACACACCCUGGUGUCAGUGGUUUGUUACUAUGGCCAGCAUUAUCAUUGUUUUGCCUUCAAGGAUGGACGUUGGGUCAUGUAUGAUGACCAGACAGUCAAGGUUAUAGGUAGUUGGGGUGAUGUGCUCGUGAUGUGUGAAAAGGGCCAUUUGCAACCCCAAGUGCUUUUCUUUGAGGCUGCAAAUUAA